AUGGUGAAAGACGCUUAUUCCGGCGCUGUAGAUUGGAUUCUCUGGGCAGCAUGCGGAUCUGAUCCAGAAUCCGCACUGCAAUCUCUCGGCCAAUCAGGAGCGUCCGGGGUGUGUGGGGCGGUAUGGGGAGCGAGCGACAUAGCAUAUAGAUGCAGGACAUGUGAGCAUGAUCCCACCUGUGCCAUAUGCGUUCCUUGCUUUCUAGACGGGGACCAUGAAGGGCAUGAUUAUGCGAUGAUCAAAACGGGCGGUGGAUGCUGCGAUUGCGGCGAUCCAACGGCCUGGAAGCGCCAGGGGUUUUGCAAGAAGCAUCCUGGCCCUGGGCACGCCCCGCCCCUCCCGGAAAGUUUUGUCGCCCGGGCAGAACCCGUGCUGGCCGCGGUUGCUGCGGAAUGGCAGCAGAAAAUUGUUUUUGCUGCCCGGCUGGAGGAAGAGAGGAGCGGAGCGGCAGCAGGGUGGGGGGGUUCUGGGUUUGGGUUCGGAGCCUCACCUCCCUCCACCACUGCUGCUGCUGCAAUGUCUACCAGUCUGCUGGAAGCUCUGGUGGCAAACGAGGAGGGUAUUAAAGAGGACGCCAUGCUAGUAGCCCACCGCCUGCUCUACAAGCUUCUAGGCGACCCGGGCUUUAAGUACCAGUUCGCACUCGCCUUCGUUGCUAAUUACUCGGCCUUCGUGCUGGGGAGUGGGGGGAGAGAUGACGGGGAGGAGGAUGCGGGAAGGUGGGGGGAUUCUUACGGUGCCGGUGCUGACGCCGAGGCUCGUGGUAGAGGCUCGGUUGCUGGAUAUCCUGCUGGGAACCCUGCAGAGCAUGCUGCAGGGGGCGCUGGGGCGAGAUGGGCGCAUCAAUCUAUCCCGAGAGGAGGUGCGCAAUGGGCGAGUGACCGACGGCAUUCGCUACGUCCUUUCCCACUCCGCUUCCUCAUGUGUCCUUCUCUCCCCCCUCUUAACCGCCCACCGUUUCCCCAUCCCCUUCCCCGCUCUUACUCCCAGCUAUCCCAGGAGGAAGUGCGUGAUUGGCGAGUCACAGACAACAUACGCUACGUCCUUUCCCACUCUGCCUCCUCAUGUGCCCUCCUCUCUUUUUUUGCCAACAACCCCCCACCCCCUCCCUCCCUUUCCCCCCAGCUAUCCCGAGAGGAGGUGCGCAACGGGCGAGUCACAGACGACAUUCGAUACGUCCUCUCCCAUUCCGCCUCCUCUCGCCACGUCACCGCCCGUCGCCCGGACCUGCUGCGCGCGUGGCUGCGCCAGCUGGCAGCCGCCCAGGGCAUGUGUCCACAUGUACGGCGCACAACCACCCACGUGGCAAUAGAGCCUGAUGAUUGGAGCUUCGCUUACCUGUUAGAAGCACAGCUGGCGACGGUUAAUCCGCUGCUUGCCGAAGCUAGCGCCGUGCCUGGGCUGGAGGCUCGGAAGGAGGGCCGGCAGGUGGAGGGAGGUUCGGGAGGGGAGAAGGUAGGGGAGAAAGCGGGUGAAGGGGGAGGAUUCCCGGGGUUGGGGUUCGGAAGGAGGAAGACUUUACGAUGGUCAGCCUUUGCUUCGUUUCCCUCUGGCGCUGCUGGGAAUGCCGGUGCUGCUGCUGGUGCUGCUGCUGCUGCUGCUGCUGGUACUGCUGGUGGCGGUGCAGGAAGAGAGGGAGGGGAAGAAGGUGGGGGAGGAGCAGAAGCGGGGGUGGGUGCUGGGGUGGGGGCGGGUGCAGGGCUGGGUAGAUUAGGUUUGAGAGAUGGGCAGGGGAAUGCUGCUGCUGCUGCUGCUGCUUCCGCUGCUGCUGCUGCUGCUGCUGCUGGCCCUGGUGCUGCUGGUGCGGGUGCAGGAAGGGGAGGGGAGGAGCAUGGACGGCAGGAGGGAGAGGAUGCGGGCCAUAUGCAGAGGGGGCACAUGGGGAUUCUAAGCAACUGGCUCAGAAGAGCGUCUAGGUUCAGGGCGACAGGUGGGGAAGGAGCACAGGGCAGGCACACAGGCGCAGGCGAAUCAGCAGGCGCAGAGGCAGGAUGGGCAGACGGAGAGGCAAGGGGGGCAGGGGGUGCAGGAGGGGCAGGAGUGGCAGGGGGUGGGGAAGAAGCGGCAACAGCCAUGCAGACAGAUUCGUCGGCAGCAACAGAGGCUGCCCCUCUCUCUGCUGCUCCCCUCCCCUCCGCCGCCCCCCCUCUCUCCGCUGCUGCUGCUGUGGUGGAGUACGAUGUGGGGCGACAGGAGGUGUCGUUCCACCUGCCUCUGCACCGCAUGCUCGCGCUGCUCCUGCACUCCCUGCUGCGCCUCUCCUGCCCCGUGCCCGACCCACAAGGGGACCCACAGGAAGACUUGAAGCGGAGGGAAGGGGAAGGAAGGAUGGUGGAGAGUACACCGGAUAAGAUGGAAGAGAGGCAGUGGGAGAGAGAGCAUGAGGCGGGUGGAGGAGGGGGAGAGGGGGCAGAGCUGUGCUUGCUGCGCCUGCUGCCCAGUAAGCUGCAGAGGGGAAGCUUCCUCGCAGCUGUGGCGGAGCACGGGUUGCGAGUGCAGGUGCUGUGUGCGCAGAUAUCAGCGGGCAUGUGGAGGAGGAAUGGGCAAUCCAUGGUGGCUCUCUGCGACCUCUACCACUCCGUGCACUGGUGCGAGGACAGCCUGGAGUUGGACCUCUUUCUCCUGCAGUGCACCGCUGUCUCGGCUCCUCCUGACGCUUUUGUGCGCCAGGUUGUAGCGCGAUACAACUUGACCGGCUACUUCUCCCUCACUGUCGGGACUGCCUCAGAAUACGAGCCUGCAGUGGCCCAAGACUGCCUGGCCUUCCUCAUCCGUCUCAUUUCAGAGCGAUCCUUCUCUGGCCUCCCCCCCACUGCUGCUCUCCGGAGGGAGAUAGUGCAGCGCCUAGCCAUCGGCAAUGCCACCCGCAGCAGCGUCGUCAAGUCCCUCCCCCCCCGCUUCGCCGAAAACCCCGCCAUUCCCGCUGUUCUCGCCGCUGUCGCGGAUUAUUCCCGCCCCUCGGGUAUGGAGCAGGGGCGGUACUUACUUAAAAGAGACUGUUACAGGGAGCUGGACCUGUACUGCUUACGAUGGGCGCCGAGGGAGUUGCAGAGGGCGGAAGAGAGGUAUGCGGAGGCGGUUAAGAGAUCGGCGGUUGUGGAGCAGACGCCGAGAUGGCGCGAUCCUGUCCGUCCGUUGAUGGGGCUGCGGGAGAUCGCCACGUCAGCAGGCGUGCAUGAUGUGGUGCUUUCGGUGGUGCUGCAUGCGUGGUGCUGGCAGCGGCAGGCAGGGACGAAGCACAGCACUUCUGCUGCUGCUGCUGCUGCUGGUGCUGCUGGUAGUGCCGGGAUGGGAUUAGGGUUUGGAGGAGAUGUUAGUAGGGGAACGGAAGAUGAGGAGGGAGGAAGCACAGCAGCUGGGGGGAGGGCAGGCGGAGCAGGAAGGGGGGAAGGGGGGGAGGGGCGGGCAGAGCUGCAUGUUCUAGUGCUGCGGCUGCUUAAGCGCUUCUCUCAGCUAAGCGAUGAGUGCAGGAGGGCUCUGGAGGUUCUUUGUCCUGAGGAGUUUGAUAAGGGAAAGGGGAAGGCUGUGGUUGGAGGGGGCGGGGGAGGGGCUGGGAAAGCGGGUGUGGCAGUGGCAGAAAGGGCAGGAGGAGCAGGAGGGGCAGGUGUGGAGGUUGGGGGUGGUGUGGGAAUAGGGGGCAGUGAGGCAGAGGUUGGAGAGAGUGGGAGGGGAAGUGGUGGUGGUGGCGGGGGUGGUGAGGAGAAGGGAGAGGGCGGGGUGUUGAGUGAAGCAGAUGCAAAGAAGGCGUUUGCUCGAGCAAGGCAGCAGGCGCUGCUGGUAUGUGCUCUUCAUUAUGCCACCCUUUAUGACACUGCGUAG